AUGCAUCACCGUCAUCCCAACAAUCGAAGCAACAGGAGGGCCUUGCGAGUCUUCCAAGCCAACGUGGGCAAGAUCCCUCCGGCGCAUGACACUGCGCUCGCGCUGGCUGAUUCGGAGCGAUACGACAUUAUCCUGCUGCAGGAACCAUGGACAGGACUUAAAGACGGCCGAUGCCUCACCAAGACGCAUCCGGCCUACGACACAUUCUCACCCGUCACCGACUGGGACGGCCGCGACACUCGUCCGAGAGUCAUGACAUACGUCCGGCGCUCCGCAGGCCUCGUCGCUGAUCAAAAGAGACCUCCGGACUACGACGCGGCUUUGGAAAUACUGCUUGGCUGGUGCGCGACGGAUAAAUGCCUUGUAUCUGGCGACUUCAACGCCAAGCAUCCCAGCUGGCAGGCCGGUCGACAAGAGCACCGCGGUGAAGACAUCGCGUUCUGGGCCAUGGAUAACCGACUCAGCUUAUUGAAUGCUGUCGAUGUCCCGACUAACGCGCGCGGCAGCACGAUCGAUCUCGCCUUCUCCAAUAUACCUUUGGCGGACGCGUCAAGCCCUAGCACCCUUCCAUUAUGCAAGAUCCGCCUCAACUCCGAUGAGGAAUUGAAGCGAUUUGUCGAGCUGGUAGAAGCCGGUGCAGCUUUCAUCCCGACUACAACCUCAACUCCUCCGAGCUGGACAACUUUGCGUCGGCGCUGGUGGACCUUCUUGGUUGUGCAGCGAGAGCUGCGGGCCGACCGUCCCUUUGCCGACGGCGACUCCGUCUUUCGGGCGGUCCGCUGGCUAAUUAAAAUCCUCAGGGCCGUGCCAGGCACCUCCCAAGUAGACGGCCGAGUGUACGAGACGCAGCUGGAGAAAGCCACCGCCUUGCGGCGAGCAACCCUGGAGCGGCGCACAGCGAGCGACGACAUCCCAGACCCGUGGAUUCCCGUGAACACGGAUAAGAUGAUUCCCUUUCCCAAUCAGGUCUCCUUCGAGGAGGCUCGCGACGCCACUCUACGCACCGGGAACACAUCUCCAGGCUCGGAUAACAUCACGUGCGGUCUGCCGCAGGGGUCGCCCGUCUCGCCGAUCCUCUUCCUGUUGUACACGGAGCCGAUAUAUCGCCUAGGUCACUCUCAGGGACGCUUCGGUUACGCGGACGACACUGCCAUUCUAUGCGUCGGUAAUAGCCUUGAUGAAACGACCGCCGAAGCAUCUCACCAUACAGAAGUGAUGCACUUCUCUCGAACGAAGCCCAAGACGGCGCCGCCGGUGCUCCACGGCGACUCUCUCUCUUUCAAGACACACGUCGAGAAAUGGACGGCCAAGGCGCAAGCUGUUGCCUUUCAUCUUAGGAGACUGACGAACACGAAACAUGGCCCUCUGCCGAGUGCUAUGCGACGAGCCGUCUGCGCUUGCGUCAUCCCCGUGCUACUGUACGCGGCGGAGGCCUGGUACCCUGGGCCGAAAAGCCCGCGCUGGACGAAGCCUUCCAAGGAGGGGCCGUCGGGGAUUGGCAACCUCGUCAAGAAGAUGAGCAAGGCACUCUACACGUCUCUUCGGGCUAUUCUGCCAGUGUGGAGGACGACACCGACGAACGUGCUGCACAGGAGGCGGGAAUACCGCCCGUUCCUCUACUCCUCGAAGGGCGUCGGACGGCCUUUGCUGCGCGCCUUAAAGCUCUCGACGAAGCUCACCCGCUCGUCCAGCGCACGUCGCGACCAAAAGCUCCCGUCGUGA